AUGAUACUAGCUGACGGCCCUUCACCAAAUAGUACCUAUAUUCCAUGCGGUGGUGUAGGUUCCAUUAAUCCUGAAAACAGUACCGACUUACUACCUGUUGAUUAUUGGGACUGUGGUAGACAAUACGGCCAAUAUUAUUCCACAAAUCUAGGUGUCAACCUGAAACCUAGUCUACGGAACAUUGUUCUUGUCCUUUCCCUGUUGGCAACAACUGUUCUGUGUACGUCUCAAGACAUUACGAACCAACUCAACGCUAUCGAUGGUGUUUGGCAUGACUCAGGGACUAAUCUUACCUAUACUGAUCUACCAUUAUACAACUUUUUGCAAAAUGUGGCCCCAAUUGCUUCCGAAAACAAUUUAAGUAUUAUCAAUACAACAAGUGAGGUGAUCUUAAGUGAUUUUGUCCCAGUUUCUAACACUAGUAGCAAGGUUAAUAUUUUUAAAAGAGAUGUGGUUUGCACAUUUUAUACCUGGAAACAGACUCAGGCUGCUCAAAAAGGUGAAUGGUGGUCCCCUUGGUACCCAGUAUCAUGUUGUAUUUGGGAUGGAAAAGGUGAUGGUGCUGAUUACACUAUUGAUUAUGAAUGGAGUUAUUCAUGGUCAAUUGACUCUGGUUCCUCAAUUGGCUUUAAAGGCAUCUCCGCUGCUUUUCCUUCUUACAGUUUAAGUAAAACAUACACACAUAAAAACUCACUUAGCUGCCACAUACAAGGUGAUGUUGGCCAAGUAUGGUAUCAACAACACAUGGUAUGGGCAGACAUGCAAGAGCAAACUUGUUGUUUCCAAGCUGGUAAUAGAGGAAUUUGGUGUGGUGCAUGGAGUAAAUAUUACAGAACGAAUGCUCCUAUAAAAGGUAGUUAUGCAGUAGGUUGUAGUGUUGGAAAAGAGAAUACUGAUUGUAAUGCCAAGGAUUUAGUAUGUGCAUACAAUAAAUAG